AUGGCCGAUGCACGACUUGAUCGCCUGGGAUUCCAUCGAGGGAUCUCGGCGGACAUGUCCCAGGUGAUGCAGGAAUUAUCGAAGGAGCAGUCAAAUGGGACCAUCUCGAAGGACAUCCACGUUGAGGAAGGUUCCGACGCUGUGCUCCCUUGUCCGAUUCCGCAAGGACAAGCCGAUCAGCAAACCAAGGUGACGUGGAUAAAGCUGGGCCACUACGACCUUCUCACCGUCGGACUGACCACAUACAGCGGAAACCCUCGUCUCAAGCCUUUCCACGACAAGAACUCCAAGGAGGGUACGAAGCGGGAGGAGCCAUUAAGGAUCGUCUGCCAUUCACCAAAAUGGCCAUACGAAAUGAGGAAGAACAAUGGGGAGAAGGAGUUUCAGAAUAUUCCCGCGCAAGCGAAGAAUGAAGAAGAUAAUCACGUCUUGAGCCCCGGUAUGAGUCCUGGUAAUGUCAUUCGUGGAAAAGAAAGCCUGAAGUAA